CGAGAUGUGCUGCACUGUGCUCUCACACUUUUGACCAGUGGGUAUUGCUCAAUAGUUGCACUUAACAUUUCCCACACACGCAACACUAGCAGCACUUGAUUCACACCCUAAAACAUCGCAGAAGCUAAUCUCCGGAGGACAAAUGUCGUGUCUCGUCUGGUCGUAGACAGUGAUCGAAAGUGCGAAAAUGGAAACCAUCACCGAGUCGACGGAGGAAUCGACCUUACGCAAUCGGAGAUUGCAUCGAAAAGGAAAAUCCAUCAGCUCGGUUGAGGAGGAGCUGGCGACGAAGAAUGCGGAAAACAAACAGAAACUGCAAUGUGCUGGCAGCGACGAACCCGAAAAGCUCAAAUCCCAACCAGCACCGACCGAAGUGCUGAGCGAUCGUGAAAGUGUGAAAUCCGAUAAUGAGCCACGCUUUGUGAUCCGGGUUCAGCUGGACGGGGCAUCAGUGGUGCUGUUUGUGCUGUCAUUCGUGACACGAUUCUUCAGGCUUACCCAUCCGAAUGGGGUCGUGUUCGACGAGCUCCACUAUGGGCGAUUUGCAUCGCUGUACCUUCGAAAUACGUUCUACUUCGAUCAGCAUCCGCCACUGGGGAAGAUGCUGAUAGCCGGAGCCGCCAGCGCUGUCGGAUAUGGUGGAAAAUUUGAAUUCCCCAAAAUUGGCAGCGAAUACGAUGCGAGCGUUCCAGUCUUCGCCUUCCGGUUCAUCCCAGCUCUGUGUGGCAGCCUGCUAGCUCCUGCCGUCUAUAGUAUCCUGCGACAAUUGAAACUCAGUCAAUCCAUCUGCAUCAUCGGUGGACUCCUGAUCGUUUUCGAUAACGCCCUCCUCACCCACUCCCGUUUCAUCUUGAUGGAACCGAUGCUCCUGCUGUUCUCCACCGUUGGCAUCCUGUUCGUGCUCAAGUUUCUCGAAGCUAAACCGUUUUCCGCCCACUGGUGGUCCUUUGGCACCGUUGCAGCUGCCUCCCUAACCGCAGGUGUCUGCGUCAAAUAUGUCGGCUGCUUAAGCUAUUUCCUCGCAUGCUACAUCAUCGGUCGGCACGUUUGGAUGCAAUUUCCGGACCGAACUCAAUCCAACAUCUACCUGUUGACCAAGAGCACCGUAAAAGCUGCGCUAUUUGUGACCGUAUCCCUUGCUCUGUACCUGGGGUGUUUCUACGUCCAUCUGAACAGCUUGUACAAAGCAGGUCCCCAUGAUAGUGUAAUGACCAGCGCCUUCCAAGCUUCGCUGGAAGGCGGCUUGGCGUCGAUUACCAAAGGCCAACCGCUACGGAUCCAGCACGGAUCGCAAAUAACGCUGAAGCAUACGCACGGUCGAGUCUGCUGGAUGCACUCGCAUGCCCACGUCUACCCGAUCAAGUACAAGGACGGCCGAGGAUCAAGCCAUCAACAGCAGGUCACCUGCUAUGGGUUCAAGGACGUGAACAACUGGUGGAUUGUGAAACGUCCGGACAAGGAGAACAUUGUGGUGGGCGACGAACCGGAUUACAUACAAGACGGAGACGUGAUCCAGUUGGUGCAUGGAGUCACGAGCCGGGCGUUGAACUCGCAUGACGUGGCCUCAGCAGUGACUCCGCUCAGUCAGGAAGUUUCCUGCUACAUCGACUACAACAUUUCCAUGCCGGCCAAUCUGCUGUGGAAGGUGGAGAUCAUCAACGCCAAAGAUUCGAAGAAUAAGUGGAACGCGAUUACGUCACAGGUGAGAUUGAUUCACGUAGUCACGAAUGCGGCCUUGAAGUUCACCGGAGAACAGCUCCCGGAUUGGGGGUUCAAUCAGUUUGAAAUGGCUGCCGACCGGAGGCAGUUUACCAUCGAUACGAUUUGGAAUGUUGAGGAACAUCGUUACACGCAGGACAAUGAGAGGAAGGACGUGCUGGAAAAACUGCUCAAGACGGAAAUGAUUCCUCUGGAACCGACCACGCUAUCAUUCUGGGAUAAGUUCAGUGAACUGCAGAUGAAGAUGUUGCUACACGCAGAGAAGAUGGAAGGUCACAUGUAUUCGUCGGAGCCAUUCGAUUGGCCCCUGAUGGACAAGGGGAUCGCCUAUUGGGUGGAUAGCACGUCAAAUGCGCAGAUUCAUUUGCUUGGAAACCUGGUCAUCUGGUACACGGCAACGCUUGCGAUCGUGGCUUACGUUGGACUGCUGGUGUUCUACCUGAUCAGACGAAGAAGGAAGAUCUUCGAUUUGAGCGAAGAAGAAUGGCAAAAGUUCCGAUUCGGAGGGGAAAUCUUCCUUGCCGGAUACUUCAUCCACUACCUACCGUACUUUUUCGUCGAACGGACCCUGUUCCUGUACAAUUACCUCCCAGCGCUGUUGUACAAAAUUCUACUGCUGUGCUUCGUGCUGGAACAUAUCCAGCUGGUGAUCAAGAAGUUCGUCAAAGUCCGGCUGGUGUCGAUGAUCUACAGCACGAUGCUGUGGGGCUGGGUGGCCGGCGUGAUCUACUUCUACUCAAAGUUCAGCGUACUCUGCUACGGAACGACCGAACUCAGUGCCGAUGACGUUCUGAAACUGCGGCUGAAGGACACCUGGGACUUGAUUGUCCAUAAGCCUUAAGUGAGAUUUGCUUUUAAGUUUUAAGAUUUUAAACACAAUAC